GGGCAGCAGCCGCCACCCAGCGCAGGCCAACCAGGGGAACAGCACUGCGGGCCCCGGGCAGAGAUGGGCUUGGCAAUGGAGCACGGAGGAGCCUACUCACGGGCAGGGGGCAGCCCGAGGGACUGCUGGUACUACCUGCGCUACUUCUUCCUCUUUGUGUCACUCAUUCAGUUUCUGAUCAUCCUGGGCCUCGUCCUCUUCAUGGUCUACGGCAACGUGCACGUGAGCACAGAAUCCAACCUGCAGGCCACCGAGCGCCGGGCCGAGAGCCUGUACAACCAGGUCGUGGGGCUCACGGCCUCCCAGGCCAACCUGUCCAAGGAUCUCAACCUCACCUCCCGCGCCAAGGAGACCAUCACGCAGAUGAUGCUGAGCGCCCGCCGCGACCUGGACAGGAUCAACGCCAGCUUCCGCCAGUGCCAGGCUGACCUGAUGACCUACGUGAGCAACCAGCCAUACAUGGCGGCCAUCAUCUUGAGCGAGAAGCAAUGCCAAGAGCAACUUAAGGAGACCAACAAGACCUGCGAUGCUUUGCUCCUCAUGCUGAACCAUAAGGCCAAGACGCUGGAGGUAGAGUUGGCCAAGGAGAAGGAAGUAUGCACCAAAGACAAGCAGGGUCUGGCGAUGAGCAAGGGAGUGGUGGAGGAGAAGCUGGCUGAAUGUNNCAAGAUCCAGAAGCAGCAGCAGCAGGAGCGACAGCUGGCCGAGGACCGCCUGCAGAAGGUGCAGGCCCUCUGCCUCCCGCUGGACAAGGACAAGUUUGAGAUCGAGCUGCGUAACCUCUGGAGGGACUCCAUUAUCCCCCGCACCCUGGACUCUAUGGGCUAUAACCUGUACCAUCCCCUCGGCUCGGAAAUAGCCUCCGCCCGGAGAAGCUGUGACCACAUGCCCGCCCUCAUGAGCACUAAGGUGGAGGAGCUGGCCCGGAGCCUGCGGGCCGGCAUAGAGCGCGUGGCCCGCGAGAACUCGGACAUCCAGCGCCAGAAGCUGGAGGUCGAGGAGGCCCUGCGGGCCAGUCAGGAGGCCAAGGAGAAGGUUCAGAAGGAGGCCCAGGCCCGGGAGGCCAAGCUCCAGGCCGAAUGUGCCCGGCAGACACAGCUCGCCCUGGAGGAGAAGGCGGCACUGCGGAAGGAGCGGGACAACCUGGCCAAGGAGCUGGAGGAGAAGAAGCGAGAGGCAGAGCAGCUCAAAAUGCAGCUGGCCGUCAGCAACUCCGCCCUGGACACCUGCAUCAAGGCCAAGUCGCAGCCGAUGCCUAUGCCAAGACCUGUGGCCCCUGCCCCCAACCGCCAGCCCAUCGACCCAGCUGUCCUGGAGGAGUUCAAGAGAAGGAUCCUGGAAUCCCAGAGGCCCGCAGGCAAUGCUGUAGCCCCACCCAGUGGCUGAGGAGGCUCCAGGCCCUGAGGACCGAGGUGUGGCCCCGACUGGCCAGUCUGCGAACACGGCGUGGACGAGACGCCCAUGGCUCGGACCAGCAGCCAGGCCAUGGCCACGCUCGGCCGAACUCCCACACAUUUGCCAAAGUGGGUACCCUUGGCCUGCACCCCACACUCAUCCUUCCCCGCACCCCACCACCCCCUCUGAUGCUCUCUCACAGGCCCACACUGGCACCACACAAUCCCUCGUCCACAGGCACUGCAGUGAUGUCCCCUGUGGAUGCAGUGACAUCACACAGACAUAGCCAUGAUGUCACACACUGAUGAGGCGAUGGCAUUUCACAAAAACAUGGCGGUGAUGCUACACUGCGCAGGGAACACGUUGCCUACAGAUACAGAGCACCGGCAUCACGCACACACACGGACACACCUUCUGCCCAGCCCUUGCCCGAUGUCACAGUCCUCCUGCACGCAGGGGCCCGGGCGCUCACAGCAUCCCACCCAUCCACCCAACCCAUGCCCCCGCCACAAAAGCCCUCCAAUCUUCUGGUCUUCUGACUCCUCAUCUCCAUCUGGGGCCUAGGGAAGUAGAAAUGGGAAGACAUUAGCCUCCAUGCCCCAUCCCCCCCAGCCCCCAGGAGAGUCUCCAGGCUCCCAGGCCAGACCACACCCGAACCCAGGGCAAAUGUCACCCACUGACCCCAGCACAGCCGGUGAGGGUGGCAGCCCCUGUCCCUCUCCCCCCACACCCAGCCCUGCCUGUGGCCUGUAUUAAUGUUAGUGGCACUAAAUAAA